CGAUAAUCUCAACAGCGCUAAGUCAAGCUGUUCCGGAGCUUCCGGAGUCGGAGCUGCUACUUUCUUUGAGGCAGAGUGGCUCUUACAGUGCGUGCGCACAAACGGUCCGCUUCAGGAAGCGCAGGCAGAGGACUCUCAUUGCCCCUAGGAUUUGCUUCGAUGGUAAUGUCAAGCAGCAGCACUCUUCGCUAAGGUUCACAUCUUCAUUAAGUGUAGCACGCAGCACGUCUGGAAGGUUGGCGAUUAUUGUAGGUACGUAGACUUGAAAAUAUGGAGGAGCUAGUCGAAGAGUUUGCUUCGAAGCUCAUGCCCUCGUUCCCUGUCACAGUUUAUGAUGCGCUCACGGAGCUUAAGCAGCUAAGGGCCCAGGGCGCAGAAAGCCACUGUGCAAGAGACAGGUACUUGAGACUGCUCCAAGAGCUUCUAGCCUACAAGGGCGGUGCGUUUGUGAAAGACAUUCUCCAAAAGCACCUUCUCUCCGACAAGAUUGCGGGGCUGCCAUCCCUGCCGGUUGAACUGGUUACGAGGGCCGUUGAUUGCACCCUGCUUCUUACAUAUGCAUUGACAAUCUCCGAAGAAGGCCAGCAAUGGGCCGUUGACCAGGGCUUGAUCAGGAUCCACGCUGCAAUAGCGAGAAUGUCAGGUGAGGGGAUCGAUGGAGUGGCUAAACAGCUGUAGUAGUAGCUCCUGCUUCACGUGCCACAUUGCUUCAGAUUCGAAGAAGCUUCAGAAACGAAAGAUGACCUCGUUCCCUUCCUCAAAGCUU